UCCUAGUCGAUUGUCCGAGUCGAUCAUCCAAGUCGAUCAUCCAAGUCGAUCAUCCAAGUCGAUCAUCCAAGUCGAUCGUCCAAGUCGAUCAUCCAAGUCGAUCGUCCAAGUCUCCCAACACCCUGCAUCGGCAGCAACGACUCACGCCAUGCCUCUGGUCAUCUUCUGCGGCUAUCCGUCGAGCGGAAAGACAACAAGGGCGCUCGAGCUGCAAAGCUAUCUCGAGCGCUUCCUGGCCGAUCUUGCCGCCAAUGACGGUGUGCUGCCCGAGCAGUUCCAGACACCGGCGCAUCCCAAGCGCAACACCGAGAUCCCCAAGAUGCGGCCCAAGGUGCUGCUGUUCAACGACAAUAGCUUUGGGCUCGUGCGGAACGAGGCCUACCAGUCCGCCACAGAGGAGAAAAAGACACGCGGCGCUCUCAUGUCGGCGAUCGAGCGCCACUUGACCAAGGAGGACAUUGUGAUCUGCGAUGGCAUGAACUACAUCAAGGGCUUCCGAUACCAGCUCUAUUGUGUCGCGCGGGCACUGGGCACCCCGCAUUGCGCCGUCCAUUGUGCCGUCUCCAAGGAGCAGGCCGACAGCUGGAACAACGCCCGCGAAGCCGAUUCCUACGAUCCAGCGCUCUUCGAAGAUCUGUGCAGUCGGUUCGAAGAGCCCGAUGCCCGCAACCGAUGGGACGCCCCGCUGUUCACAGUGCUGGCCUCGGAUAGCUUCACCGAGCGCUUCGGCCCCGACAUCAUCGACGCUGUUGUGCUGCGACGACCGCCCCAGCCGAAUCUGUCGACGGUCGUCAAACCAUCGACCGAGACCAACUACCUGUACGAGAUGGACAAGACCACCCAGGAGAUCGUCAAUGCCCUGCUGGAGGCGCAGAAAGGCGGCUGGUUCGGCGGGGAUGUGGUGGUGCCCAAGACCAAGGUCAAGGUCCACAUCUCCAGCAAGGGAGUCACUCUCUCGGAGCUGCGGCGGCUGCGACGACAGUUUCAGGGCCUCAACAAGAUGCACACCCAGCUGGAUAUGGAGAAGGUGGCCGAGGGAUUUGCAAACUAUCUGAAUACAAUGUUCUCGGAGGCGAGUGGGGCUCCCCGCUCCGCUUGAACAUGCCAUCAUGCUCA